AUGUCGAGCCACGAUUCGGAAAAGGACCACGCUCAAUUAGAGCCUGAGCUACGCGAAAUGAAGCUGGAAGGCGCGGCCUCGGACGAGGCAGGUGAGGGCCACGGCUCGAGCCAGGUAAAGGUGGAGGACGCAGAUUCACUCGACCGCGCGCCCACACCCCUCGCCGUUCCACCCAGGCUCAAGUCGCGAUCCAAAUCCCGGUCGCCUAUGAUCAAGCAAGAGUCUGAAGCACCCUCGCCCGGCAGCGCCCACGAAGAAACCCUGGGCGGAGACAUCACGUUGAAGAUGGAACCUGGCAAAGCACCUAAGCUGUCGCGUACUGCAGCCCAGAAAGUCGUCGCACGGCCGCCUCCCUUGUACCUCGACCUCCCGGACUCGACCGAAGCCGCCAAAGAAACCUUCACAGUACUCACCGAAUGCACGUAUGCGAACAAGACCAUCGGCACAACAGACCCGGCGCUCGAGUGCGAUUGCCAAGAGGAAUACGACCCUGCGACUAGGAAAAAUCAUGCCUGUGGCGAAGACUCAGACUGCAUCAACCGCGCCACAAAAAUGGAAUGUGUGGGGGAUUGCGGCUGCGGUAGGCGGUGUCAGAACCAACGCUUCCAGCGCAAACAGUACGCCAAUGUCGCCGUCAUCAAGACGGAGAAAAAAGGGUUUGGACUGCGUGCGAACAAAGACAUGGCACCAGGCGAAUUUGUCUUUGAGUACAUUGGCGAGGUUAUUGACGAGCGCACCUUUCGUCGGCGCAUGGGCCAGUAUGAUGAGGAGGGAAUCAAGCAUUUCUACUUCAUGUCUUUGACCAAGGGCGAGUUUGUAGACGCUACCAAGAAGGGCAACCUAGGCCGGUUUUGCAAUCACUCAUGCAAUCCCAACUGCUUCGUCGACAAAUGGGUUGUCGGGGAUAAGCUACGUAUGGGCAUCUUCGUCGAGCGACAGGUCAAAGCCGGUGAAGAACUUGUCUUCAACUACAAUGUGGACCGAUACGGCGCGGACCCGCAACCUUGUUACUGCGGCGAACCCAACUGCAGCGGUUUCAUUGGCGGAAAGACGCAGUCUGACAACGCGACAAAGUUGUCCACUGACAUGAUUCAGGCUCUUGGCAUUGAUGAUGGUGCUGCCUGGGACACAGCGGUUGUUGCCAAGAAACCCCGCAGAAAGAAGGCCAGCGAGGAUGACGAGGAAUACGUCAAUGAUCUGCAGCCAAAGGAACUCGACGAGGAUGGAGUCAAGAAAAUUGUGCCUGCUCUGCGCCAGUGCACCGAGAAAUGGAUUGCUGUCAAGCUGCUCAGCCGCAUGCAAAAUAGCAGUGAGAGGGUUGGCCAUCGCAUUGUGCAGUUUCACGGUUACCAGACAUUAAAGAAGACGUUGAAAAUAUGGAAGGAAGACGCUAAUGUAGUGCUGCAAGUUCUCGACAUUCUCCAAAGGCUACCGCGGAUCACUCGAAACAAGAUUCAGGAAUCUGGCAUUGAAGAAGCGGUCGCUGAACUAAACGGCUACGGCGAUGAGCGGGUCGAAACUCUAGCUACAGAACUUCUUAAUGCAUGGAGCAAGCUGGAGGUUGCGUACAGGAUACCUCGCAUAAAGAGGGAUCCAAAUGCCGCCACACCUGUCCGAACCGAAAAUCACUUCGAGCGGCGUGAGCGAGGUAGGGAACGAUCGAGGUCUAGAUCCAAGUCACCGUCUGCAGUCGCGCCGAAAGGCCCAUCUGCUACGAACAUCCCUUCGGGCCCUCGCGCCUUGAAUGCACCCCGCGGUCCGGCCAAUUUCUUUCCUGCUGCCCGACCAGCUAAUCGGCCUCGACCGCCAAACAGUCUUCCUCCGGGUUGGUUUCAGGCUACUGCAGAGAAUGGAUUGACAUAUUUUUACAACUCCUCAGGCGUCACACAAUGGCAACGCCCGACUCAGGCUGUCAACGCACCACCUCAGCAGAACAAAGCCAAGUCCGACACACAAAUGCUACAAGACAUCAUAUCGCGCAUUACCUCAACAGAAACACCCACUGGGAACUCUGCAUCCACCACUCCGCAGCCUGUCCCUGAUGAACUCAGAGAGCCGGCGCUGCGCGAUGAAAAGUGGCGCAGUCUGCCGAUAGAGAAGCAAGAAAAAAUAUACGAGGCGACCCUCUCACCUCACGUCAUGGCUGUAACCUCAUCAUACCGGAAGAAAUUCGAAAAGGAAGAGGUCAAACGACUCAGCAAAGAGGUGGCAAAGAAGCUCGUGCGCGGCGACUACAAAUCUGGGCGUGUCAAGGACCCCACGGCUAAGAUCAGCUCGAACCAUGAGAAAACAGUGCGGAAAUAUGUCAAAGAGUUUAUGGAAAAGGCCGUCAAGAAGAAGGAUGAACGGCAGAAGAUCAAGACGCCACAAAAUGAUACCAUCCGUGGCACUUCUGAUAGCCUGGCAGCCACGGUUGACGAAGCCUCUCUUUCCGACUCUGCCUCUGAAUUGAAGCGCAAGAGAGAAGAGGAGGGUCGAUUUGGCUCGCCGAAGAGAACACGGACAAGUUCUGAAACCCCACAACCCGCGCCUCCACCACCUCCACCACCGCUUGAGUCAAUCGAAGACGCAGAGUCCAGCCUUACACCUAUGGAUGAAACCCCCACAACCUCGUUUCCAGGCGCUGCUGAUAGCUUGCCUAAUGGGGUAAAGACAACUCUCCAACUUGGUGACUACGGUAGUCCGAUGCAGCUCGCGACGCCUCCUACAAACGGCUUUGUUGAUCAGAAGCAGCCACUUGUAAACGGCAGUAAUGGUAAGCACACCCAGUAG